AUGAGGACUUGCGCCUUCCUACCCGCCCCUGUCCUCCUCCCAACCCCCACGCGUCCAGCAUCUACGCGUUGGCGCUGCACCGCGACCGCCUCACCCGCGGCUGGCACAAUAGCCACUGGAGCCAACGCACGCCGCCUGGCGCGCUGGCUGGCGGCCGAUUGGGACAACAAGCCUCAGUCCUACGAGAACCCUGUCUUCUGGGCCCACAUCCGCGUGUGCUUCCGCCCGCUGCCCUGGUCAUUGCUCGACAGCUACACUCUGUACUGUGAGUCUGCCUACGACUUCAACCUUGGCGCCCCGUACAAGUCCUCGGUCGUCCAGGUGGUGCACAACGGCGCGGGGCAUCUUGAGCUCGUCUCGUACAAGCUCAAGGACCCGGAGGAGUUCUGGAUGGCCGCGCACGAACCAGAGCUGCUAGAGCCGCUUACGGCGGACCAACUCCUGCAAAUGCCGGAGGCUUGUAAUACCGUCUACGAAUGGAGCCCAGCGAAGAACGCGUAUGCAGCCUAUUCGAGGCCGGGUAAGGGAUGCAGGAUUUGUCGUGGCGGCAAGGAGAAGGAAACUUAUUUAGACUCCAAAAUUAUGCUCACUGAGGCUCAGUACGUCGCGUGGGAUCUAGGGCUCGAUCCGGAGACUGACGAGAGAGUGUGGGGGACUGCUGCCGGACCGUUUGUCUUCUCGCCACUCGCAAACUUAGAUUACCUUGUGCCAGAAGAGCCUGCUUCAGUCGCUUCGUCACCGCCAUAA